AUUGGCUGAGGAGGUUUUUCUUGUGAAGAGAAAGUACCCCCACUUUACCCUCCACCACAUGAAUAUCUGCUUCUCCUGCAUCAACACAACCCAGAAGCAUUCUAUCAAUUUCGAUCUCAAUUCCACUGUUCCUAUGUUUUCUAGUCAUCUUCCUCAACUUAGCAACCACCAAAACAUCAGCUUUAACAUUAACCUCAACCUCAGUAGAAUACAGUAAACAAUGACCAACCUCUGCUCUUGUCAUCAAAACCACAAAACUAGCUGUAGCCUCAUCCGGUACCUUAGGUCCCACCACAACAGACACGUCAACAUCAAAACUGACCACACCAUAACACACAUCCAGCGCAACAUUAGAACAUAUCACAUCAGCUAUUAUAUCAUCCUUGAACUCAGGUCCCACUUCAACACCAGCUGCAAUAUCAACUUUAAUUUGGGAACACACCGCAGCACCAGCUGUGACUUCAUCUUCUGUUUUAGGUGCCACCACACAGGCACUCACACAACAGAACUCCCCACAACACUACACACCACACUAGCUUAAGAAUCUGCAUGCAACAUCCUUAUCCCUACCAUCACCAACCUCAGCCUUAACAAUCAGAACUCACAACAAUAUCAGCCUCAACCUUUAAAUUCUUCCUCAGGUCCAAUCUCAACACCAGCUCCAAUGUCCGCUUCAGAGUUCACCACAGCAAUUACUCUAACGUCAUCCUCUGUCUUAGGUCUCACCACAAUAACCACUCUAAAAUCACCACAAUACCCACUCAAACACCAGCCUUAACAUCUGAAUAGACUUUUACAUCUGAAUCUGAACAGACCUCACCAUAUCAACCUUAGUUUAAGAGCCCGCCAUAAAAACAACUGAAAUGCCAACAUCACAACCUACCAUCCAAAUUUCAACAUCAACUGCAACAUUAGAACAUAUGGCAAUAUCAACUCCCAUGCCAGAAUCUACAGAUUGAGCUCUACCUCAGGCUUUAUCACAAUGUCAGUGUCAAAUUAGAUAAAAAAAUUCACCACCACAACCAGUGAAAUGCCUACAUUAACUCUAGUAUCUACCCCGCUAUUUCCAAUAUCACAGUCAACAUCAGAUCACUGCAUAAUUUUCAGAAUCCCCCACAGCACCUGCUCUGACAUCAACAUUAGGAACUUCCACACCAUCUCCACAAUCAGCCUUAACAUCACAGUCUACUGCAACACAAGGGGCCGGUGUAUUGCCACUCCAGUGUUUUAAAACUGCAAUUGGUGUGAUUACUCCUCAGUCGUGAGCACGAUUGUGAUUCAUUACCACGUAUGGAUCUGACAGUGCAGAUGGACAUGGAACUGGGUCAGAUUUACAAUGCUGUAUAAAUUAUUGAAAUAUCUCAAAUCUUCUUUCACCCAAACUAGCUACUUCAACAAUGGCUACUAUGGCUGCUGCCUCCACUACUGCCCAGACAGCUGCCUCCACUACUGCCCCGACAGCUGCCCCUACAGCUUCUGCUACAACAGCUCUUGCAACAACAGCAUUAAAUACUGAUGAAGCAAGUGGAGAUGAGGGCAGCAUCACUCUGUCUUUUAGUCUUAAUCGAACAUUCAGUUCCGAUCUUCUCGAUACAACUUCAACUGCAUUCACAGCACUGGAAUCAGAAGUGCUGUCUGACUUGAAUACAGUUUAUAAAGCAGCAUUUCCAAGCAGCUUCAGUCGCUCCAGGAUCACAGGCUUCUCGAGUGGGUCAGUUGUUGUUGGUUCACAGCUUGUGUUUACAAGCACAAGUUCAGUUCCACAAACCAGCAACGUUGAAUCUGCUUUGAGAAACUCAUCUACCCUGAUCAUAGUGUCGAGUACCAUCAGUGCAACUGCUUCUACAACGGCUACUACGGCUGCUGCAUCAACUCCGAUGACUACAACAUCAAUAUCAACAUCAACAUUAGAAUCUACAUCAGCAGCUCAGACCUCUCUGGCAUCAACGCUGACAGUGACAGGUGCGGUGUCUGUAACCACACAGUCACCAGCAUCCCCAGCUCAGACCUCCAUGGCAUCAACGCUGACAGUGACAGGUAAGUGUUAUGAAGCCAUUCAUUAGUUGGAUUCUGUCUUUCACUGACAACUCAAGUGCAGCCUAGUAUCCCCACAGCACAUCUACACAGUUUUACAAUGGGUGAAAUUUACAGUGCAGUGGAAAUUGUUUACCCAUUAAAUAUCAAUGCAGACCAGUCACGGGACCCAGAGAGUUCCAUAUAAUGGCUACUCAUUCAAUCACAUAACUGCCACAAUACUUAGCACUUGUUAGCCGAUCCACAGUAGAUCCAUACAUACACAACAGGUGUACCUCAUUUCUGAAAGACAUCUUGCCUAGGUUAAAUACAUUUACAAUUUGCAGUGCACCAAUAAAUAUUCACU